GUCACUGCUCCGGUGUUGUGGUGGAGACGCUGUGAUGACUCUGGAGUGGGCUGGACUCAACUUGCAAAUAGAUAUGAGGCGUCAUUUCUGUCUUUAUUAAUCAACAUUUUGUGAUUAUUAGAAGGAACAAAUAAUCGGACCCGUGUUUAAAAAAAACAACAAAGCUAAAGGCCAAGUUGGGAAAGUAACAGAUUACAGAUAAAAGCCAACAACAGUGGCUCACACUCCAUCGUCAUGGAAGAGGAGGGACAGCAGAGUCUGGAGUGUGUUCAAGCCAACCAGAUCUUCCCAAAAAAGCCCCCUAUCCUGGAGGAGGAUCUACAGGUGCCGUUCCCAGAGCUAUUUGGAGAGUUUACACAGUACGUAGGGAGAGCAAAGGAUGCAAUCAUUGCCAUAUCCAGCUAUCGCCUACACGUCAAGUUCAAAGAGUCCGUAGUCAAUGUUCCUCUGCAGGUAAUAGAAAGUGUGGAAUGUCGGGACAUGAUCCAGCUCCACAUCACUUGCAAGGACUGCAAGGUCAUAAGGUGUCAGUUCCCCACAUUUGAGCAGUGCCAGGAGUGGCUGAAGCGGCUUUCCCUGGUGACACGGCCACCCUCUCAGCUGGAGGAGCUUUUCUGUUUUGCGUUUUAUGCUAUGUCCAUUAACUCCAACAGCAGUGAGAAGGAGCAGCACAAUGAGCUCUGCAGACCAGGAGAUCAUGUUAUCUCAGGGAUUCACAGUGAGGUGGAACGGAUGGGCUUUGAUACACAGAAUGCAUGGAGGGUAUCAGAGAUCAAUGAUAAAUACAAGCUGUGUUCCAGUUACCCACAGCUACUUAUCGUGCCAGCCUGGAUCACUGAUAAGGAGCUGGAGAACGUGGCAAACUUCCGUGCCUGGAAGAGGUUUCCAACUGUGGUUUACAGGCACCAAAGCACAGGUGCAGUGAUAGCACGCUGCAGCCAGCCAGAGGUCAGCUGGUGGGGCUGGAGGAAUGGAGAUGAUGAGCACCUGGUGCAGUCUAUUGCCAGAGCAUGCAUUGUGGACAGCAACUCACCCAAAACAUUCAUAAAUCGCUCAUUCUCCCGUGACUACCAAAAGGGAUCUGAUCUCUCAGAUGUUGACUUUGAUUCCUCUAUAACAAACAGUUCAGAGGUGGAAUCCUUGAGAAUGCAACCUCAAAAGCUUCUGAUUUUGGAUGCUAGAUCUUAUGCUGCUGCAGUGGCUAACAGAGCCAAAGGAGGAGGCUGUGAGUGUCCAGAAUACUACCCUAACUGUGAAGUGUUCUUCAUGGGCAUGGCUAACAUCCAUGCCAUUCGCAAGAGUUUCCAGGCUCUGCGAUUCCUCUGUGCCCAGAUGCCUGAUCCUGCCAACUGGUUAUCUGCUCUGGAAAGCACAAAGUGGCUGCAACAUUUGUCUCUUCUGCUGAAGGCUGCUUCAUUAGUGGUAACUGCUGUGGAUCGUGACCACAGGCCUGUGCUAGUGCAUUGCUCAGAUGGUUGGGAUCGCACUCCACAGAUAGUGGCACUGUCCAAACUUCUGUUGGACCCUUAUUACCGCACAGUAGAGGGUUUUCAAGUCCUGGUUGAGAUGGAAUGGCUGGACUUUGGUCAUAAGUUUGCUGAUCGCUGUGGACAUAGAGAAAAUACAGAGGACCUGAAUGAGCGAUGUCCAGUGUUCCUGCAGUGGUUGGACUGUGUGCACCAGCUCCAGAGACAGUUCCCCUGCUCAUUUGAGUUCAAUGAAGCCUUUUUGGUGAAGCUGGUGCAGCACACAUACUCGUGUUUGUUUGGCACAUUCUUGUGUAACAGUGGGAAGGAAAGAGAAGACCAACACAUCCAGGAGAGGACCUGCUCUGUGUGGUCUCUGCUGUGUCCAGCUAACCGAUCCUUCAAAAACAUGCUCUUCUCAUCAAACUCAGAGACUGUUUUACACCCUGUGUGCCAUGUGCGUAACUUGAUGCUGUGGACUGCAGUGUACCUGCCCAGCUCAUCUCCUACAACACCCCAUGAUGAGUCCUGUGUCUCCUACUCUCUGUCUGAUACCAACUCUAAAGACCAGCGUUUGGUCAGGUGUCCCAAAACCAGAUCUUUUGAUAACUUGCCCAGUGCAUGUGAAGGAAAUUCCCUCUCUUCUAACAGACGUUCCAGUGACCCUAGCCUGAAGGAGAAGUGGCAAGAGCAUCGCAGAUCACUGGAACUCAGCAUAGUAACAGGAGCUGAUGGCACCAUGCAUCAGGACACAGGAUGGUCAAAUGAUCAGUUGGGAGCUGGACUUAACAUGGUUACACUGGAGAGAGAGACAGCGGACUUUGAGUGUUCUCAAGAUAGCAGCCAUGUAGUUGCCAAAUUGCCAUUGGGUGGAGUGGAGGCUGAACUUUCCGUGGACAUAGCAGUGGGACAGAUAGAGAAUAUUUUGCAAGAGGCUGCUGCAGACAGUCUCAGAGAUGCUAAAGCAGAGCAAAUCAACAAUCCUGUUGUUUCUAAUUAUGCUGAGAAUCAAAUCAGCACCAAUGCUGAUGUGAUUGUAUUUAAAGAAAAUAGUGUUGCCAAAGGUUUUAAGUUGCCUCAAGAUAGUUAUGCUGAAACAGACAAUGUUGAAAGUCCUAAAAAGACAAACCAGGUAUCAGUCCAGACUGUGGAAGAAGUUUUAGCCACAUGUACAACAGAGGAGGCCCUAAAUCUAUGUAGCAAUUUUAAUACUACUGAAUCUCCCUCCACUGCCAUCAGUAAUGAUGAUACGGAUGAAGUAAAUAAGGAGAACAAAGUUCUGUGUCCAUUUCCAAAGACUACCAGGCCUGUUACAGAGGUAGCUGAUAAGCAUCCUUCUCUCCUGGAAAGCUCCACAGAAACUCUCACUGAAGAUUUUGGCAUUCAAUCAGAGCGUCUCAUACCCAUGUCCAUUUCUGCAGAGCCCAAACCUGAAUGCCUCAAGCAUAUCCCUGAGUUAGAUCCUGAGGCGCAAAGUGCUCCCAGAACGCUUAACGGUACCUGCAAACAACUAUCCCUUAGUGGCUUCUCUGUCUCUGUUUCUUCUGCUAAACCACUCCACUUCAUAUGUAACGAUGACUCCUCUGACUCUGAUCCUUCCACCCCUCAACCAGCUCUUCAGAGUCGCCAGCUCUCUCUGGCCAGCUGUAGCUGCUCUGUUCAACGCUGUACACAUUCGGGCCGCAGCCACCUUGAUGACGAUGGACUCACACUGCACACAGAUGUCAUCCAGCUGCGCCUGCGCCAGAUUGAAGCUGGCCACCAGAUGGAGGUUGAAGCUCUCAAAAGGCAGGUGCAAGAGCUGUGGAGCCGGUUGCAGAGCCAGAAUGCCAACACAGCACAGCACUGCCUUAAUGAAGACCUGGGAGAUGAAGUGACAUCAAUCGCAGACUCUGAUUUUAACCUGGACCCAAACUGCCUGUCACGCUGCAGCACAGAGCUCUUCUCAGAGACCAGCUGGGAGCAUGUGGAGAAACAGGACACUGAGGUGACACGAUGGUACCCUGAUCAUUUGGCUGCACAAUGUUAUGGCUGUGAAAAAGAAUUUUGGCUGGUAACCAGGAAACAUCAUUGCAGAAGCAAGGAGUGUGUGGAGGAGGCCUGGAACUGUGGUAAUGUGUUUUGUGCCAGCUGCUGUGAUCAGAAAAUCCCUGUGCCAAGUCAGCAGCUGUUUGAGCCAAGCCGUGUGUGUAAGGCAUGUUACAACAGCCUGCAGUCCUCUGUUCCUUCUCUACAGCUGGAGUUUGACAAAUCUAUCACAGCCAGCUCCAACUAACCAUUUCCAAGCUUGUCACCUCAACAUGCACAGUAGCUGAGGGAUAAACAUUUGAGGCUUUUGGACUUUUAUUCAUGGCUGGAGCAGGAAAAUGUUUCCCCUUUUUUUAUUCUUCUGCAUCUGGACGGGAAAUAUGUUUAUAUAUGGAGUGAUAUGUGUCUAGAAGCGAGGUAUCUAAGGAUACUUCUUGGAAUAUAUUAAGCACUUUGGGUGGCACAUUCAUGUGACUGACUGCUGGUUUGGAUAGCUGAGAUACGCACAGAUCUUUAUUGAACUGCUGGACAUGCUUCUGAUGUCAGGAUUGACUCGGGUUCUGCUGAAACCAUUUGAUUCCUUUUAGCAUUCCCUUUCCCUUAGAUAUAAAAGGUAAAUCCUGCAUGGUUUUAGAGCUGGCUAUCUUGGGGUACCCAGUUGUAAUUGAAAUUAAAUUGAAGGGAUUGCUAAGUAUGUAGGGUGUUUUUUGAGUGAAAAAAGGUUUCUAUUACUCCUGUAGCUGUUCAUUUAUUGCUGCUCUUUGUACAGGAAAAGUUUUCAACUAUCAGAGACUCGGAGGUGACUCUGUAAAUGCUUUUUGAGGUCAGACCAAAUAUUUAAGCACACCAGUUAUUUGUGUUUUGUUUUUGCACACUUGUCAUAAUUUGAUCUUUAUUAAUCAAAUUUAUCAUUAUACAGCAGACCUCUUUUGUUUAGGUAAUGCAGACUAAAAAACUGAACCUAAACUGACUCUCUGUUUCUGGGCAGCUGCUUUCUCCGAACAGUUACUGGUUUUCUGCCAAGUGAAACCAGCUGAAGAGAUGAGUAAAGUGCAUGUGCAUUUAUUA